AUGGAGUUUCCUACCCUAGUGACUAAGAGUAGGAUUUAUGAUGAGGAUAGUCGUGCUGAAAAGGCACAUUACCGAAACAUUGGAACCAUGAAGGACAAGAGGCCUAUGCAUCAUAAUAGAGGAAAACCUUACUCUUUUCCUCCAAGUAAAUCUGGAAAUCGACUGAAUUAUCAACUAUAUAGUUUUUCAGCUGGAAAAGGAGCUAGUAGUGGUAACGGAAAAGGAAAUGGAAACAAUUAUAGUUAUGGGGGUGGUAGAGGAAACCCUAAUGGACGAGGAGUUAGUAAUAGAAAUAGUAACAAUAGGAGUCAAGUCUCGAGCAACAACAAUGCAACAAGGCCACAUCAGUACCACAAGCCCCUUCCCAAGGAAGACUCCACAACCUGGAAACCAGAGUUCCCAAGCCAACGUUUAGGACUACAUGUGUCUCGUUUACAGUAUGAUUUGAUUGUGAAUACUCCAACUCGUAAUUCUGUUGACACCUCCAGUGUUUGUCUCGACAUUUCUAUCCAUGUGUGUGAAAGGGACUUCGGUGUUGACUUAGUAUAUUUACCUUUGCGUCUAGUCGAUGUGAUUCUUGGUAUGGAUUGGCUAUCUGCCAACCGUGUCCGCGUAGAUUUUUUUAGUAAAACCAUUGAAUUCAUGGAGUCAGAAGAGAGGGAUAAGUCUAGCAAUAUAUCAGCCAACCAAGUGAAGGCAUUCUUGAAAGAAGAUGCCCAGUUAUACAAGAUCCUAGCCUCAUUGGAAUUUGAAGAAAAAGUGGUAAUACGAGAUGUUCCUAUUGUGUGUGAGCUUCCUGAAGUAUUCCCUGAAGAUGUCAAAAAUUCACCACCAGAGCGUGAGAUUGAGUUUAACAUUGACCUUGUACCAGGUAGUGGACCCAUAUCCAUGGCACCGUAUAAGAUGUCUCCCUUAGAAUUGUUUGAGCUUAAGAAGCAAUUGGAGGAGCUUUUAGAUAAACAAUUUAUAAGACCUAGAGUAUCACCGUGGGGUGCACCUGUGUUAUUGGUUAAGAAGAAAGAUGGCUCUAUGAGGUUGUGUGUAGAUACCGUCGACUUAAUAAAGUGA